GAGGAACCGGUACCACUGUGUGACCCAUGCUUCUGGAGGAAUCCCAUACGGUACACAUUCUCCGCCCACUAAAAGAAUUACCAGGCUGGAAGCAAAGAGCAAAGUUCCGUCAGAGGAGGAGGGGAGACUUACAUCUGCCAGCCUGGGCAGAGGCAAAACUCCAGUGUUCCAUGAGACACACCAUCAGAAGCCGGUAUCAUGGAGGUCCUGGUUCCAUUUCUGCAGCUGCUGGUGCUGCUCCUGACUCUCCCUCUGCAUCUACUGGCUCUGCUGGGCUGCUGGCAGCCUAUAUGCAAAACCUACUUCCCCUACCUGAUGGCCAUGCUGACAGCCAAGUCCUACAAAAAGAUUGAAAGCAAGAAACGGGAACUGUUCAGCCAGAUAAAAGAUCUUAAGGGGACAUCCAGCAGCGUAUCCCUGCUGGAGCUGGGCUGCGGCACCGGUGCUAACUUCCAGUUCUACCCGCCCGGCUGCAAGGUCACCUGCGUGGACCCAAACCCCAACUUUGAGAAGUUCCUGACAAAGAGCAUGGCUGAGAACAGGCACCUCCAAUACGAGCGCUUCAUUGUGGCUUACGGGGAGAACAUGAAACAACUGGCCGACGGCUCCAUGGAUGUGGUGGUCUGCACCCUGGUGCUGUGCUCUGUGCAAAGCCCCAAAAAAGUCCUGCAGGAAGUCCAGAGAGUCCUGAGGCCGGGAGGCCUGCUGUUCUUCUGGGAGCAUGUGGCUGAGCCUCAGGGAAGCCAGGCCUUGCUGUGGCAGCGAGUUCUUGAGCCUACCUGGAAACACAUUGGAGAUGGCUGCCGCCUCACCAGAGAGACCUGGAAAGACAUCGAGGGGGCACAGUUCUCCGACGUCCAGCUGGAAUGGCAGCCCCCUCCCUACAAGUGGUUACCUGUUGGGCCCCACAUCAUGGGAAAAGCUGUGAAAUAACUUUCCCCAAGAAGGCCAUCUGAUCUCCCCAUCUACAGCUGGAAGCCACCCCAGUACUUCUAGGGAGAGAUCAGGUAAAACAUGAGACCCUCAGCAGCGCUGCCACCGCCAGGUGAUCAUUAAUCGGCUUCCUGGCUCUCCACAGCGGCUUCCUUCCUGCUUUCUCCAGAGGCAGAAACUACAGUGCAAAGCCCUGGACUUUACCCACUCCCCUCUAAGAUCCCGUUCUCCCUCUCUCUUGCCCCUGUGGCGUUCUCCCUGGCGUCCUUCUGAGACUACACCAUGUGCCCUUGGAACGUGUAUCCCCUGCCAGGCUGCCGCAGCCUCCCUCCCCACUACCCACUCUGUCCCAGCUUCGGAGGCAGAACAGAGAGCACAGAAACCUCAGGAUGAGAAAGCAGCACUCAAUAAAGCAGCCAGAGUUUUUAUUGUCAAA